ACUUCACAUUACAUUCCUAUACCUUACCAAUCUACUAGGAAAUUGACCUGCAACACAAUCUAAGAAUAUUCUUCCUUUUACAUUUAUUUGCUUUUAUUGAUUUUGCAGUUCAUUUAUGGAGAUUUAGUCCAAAAACUCUGUUCCACAUUCAGAGUGAAGUAAGACAGCAAAAAUGUCAGCUAAGUCGGAUUUCGCGCAGAAGCUACUGCAUGAUCUUAGGCUUCGUAAAGAAAGGGUGGCUGCUGCUCAAAAUUCAAGCUAUUCAUACUCCACGAGUAGAGAUGCUCAUGCUAAUCCGGGACAAAUUUACAAAGGAUCUCGACAAACAAAAACUCUAGAAUCCGUUAAUUCAAAAGUAGGGAACUUAGGUAGUAGGUCUAGCACCAGCAACCGAUCAUUUCGGAUUGAAGAAUCUUCAGGACAGAUUGUUCCCUAUGCUACUGGAAGAGUACAGAACUCUGAGAAAGUGGGAGAUCUUUCAAUGGCGCUCGCAUUUGCUAUUGAAAAUGGAGGAAAGUUUACUAAGAUGGAUUCUUCAAGUAGAAAUCCUGUGCUAACAUUUCUCCAUCAAUUUGGUCAGAGAUCAAUGGAUAGAAGUAAGAUGGAAAGGAGAACCAGCAUCGAUAAGUAUCAAUAUGCGAAUAGUCAGUUCCCUUCCAUCUCUCAUGUUCAUAUCAAUGAAGUAUCGAAAGGGAUACAAAAACUAAACCAGAUUCUAAGAGCUUGUUCCAAUGGCCUUAAUUUUGAUAAGAAUUCAAUUGAAGUUGGGACGGAACUGUUGAAAGGAGCAAUGGAUUUGGAAGAGUCCCUGAGAAUGCUUGUGAACCUACAGGAAGCUUCGGAUCAUAUGAUCAAGCCACAAAGCAAAAGCAGGAUUACAUUGCUCGACGAGGAUGAGGAAGAUGACAACAGCAUUGUCAAGAUAGGCGAUCAGAAGCAAGUAGAGCGGCCAAGAUUUUCAUUCGAUAAGCCCUCUAAAAACUCAUAUAUCACCAAAGAGACAACAAAAAAUGACAUCAAACAGCGGCUUAUGGCCCUAACAUACCCCAAUGAAACUCCUAAACUGCACGAAAAGCAACCUCUCGGCCCUAAGAAAUUGGUGGCCCAUAAAAGGUCAGCUAGUUGUGCCCCGGACUUCAAAAAUCUGGACCAGAAGAACCAGUCAAGUAGAACGAAAUCUGGAUCAGAGAAAGGGAGAAUUUCAAAUGUCAUUGCGAAACUAAUGGGACUGGAUGAACUCCCAGCAAAAGAAGAUAACAAGUCAUCGAGGAAAGGGUCGGAUUCCAAAAAGAAGCAACAGCCAGUUUUGAAGAAAACUGCAGGUCCUCUUGGCACUCCGGGCGCUGAGAAUAGGUCAUCUCUUAGUGUUGACAAAAACAUGAUACAAAGAAGUAACAUGCUACCAGUUCAGGAGGCAAAAUUCGCGCUUAAAGCUGAAUAUGUCCCUGCAUCUCCAGGCAGGAGCAAUGACAUGGUUUCUUCUGGUAGAGUUAAACAACAGGAGGAGCGGAGUAUAGCGGGUAACAAAGAUACAGGUUCGUCGCCCUCGGGCUUGCCAAUGACAAACAACAUGAUGGAUAAGCAACAUAGUAAAAUCAUCCAAGUAAAUCAAGUACCAGGAGAUCAAGUUAACUUCCGGCAGAAACAGAAAGAACAAAAUCAGACAAGUGUUAAGGAGAAAAUCACAAAAACAGUUGAAAUCAAGGAGCCUAUCCUGAAGAGUGACUCACAGCCAAAAAUGCCACAAACAUCGAGGGUGCCUCCAAUCGAUAUUGUGUUACAAGAACUUACUGAUUGCAAAGUGGAUAAAAUUUGGACAGAAAAGAAAGAGACAGACAGAUAUCUUAAAAAAUCUGAAGGACAAGAUGAGAAGCAUCAGGCAGGUAAGAAGGAGAAAUUGCUCUCAAAUAAAACUGUGCAGGCAAGAAAACACAAAGCAAAUCAAGUGGAAACCAUAACUUUACCAAAACCAAGGAAUCGUUCAGCAAGUUUAAAGAAGAAGCAGUUUUCUCUGAACCAAGCCACACUCGGUACAAAAAAUUCUACAAAGUCCAAAAAUGGAACACCUUCAAAAGAUUUUUCUAAUGGUAUAAAGCAAGUUGCUCUUGCCAAGAAUCGGAACUCUUCUACCUCUAUAGUGAUCACGCAAAGCAGCAAGAACAAAAAUGCCGAUCAAAAUGCAUUGUCAAAUGAAGUAUCAUCUAGAGAAGGGAAGCUAAACAGUAUCACUCAAUCAUCUAAGCAAGAGAAGCCAAUCAAUCUGCUACUUACAGAAAGGAAGGGAUGUCAUACCGAAAUUCAUAGAACUGAGACCUCUCCAAAAAUAGAGGAGUUAUCCGCAACUUUGCAAGACAUGAAACUGCAGAAAGAUGACAAAAGCUGCUACAGCAGAGAAGAACAGUUGACUGAAAGCUUGGCAACAGAAGCAAAUGUGGACAACAGAAGAUCCGACAAGCCAGAUGUGAGCAUGGAGAUGCUCAAUUUGCAGACAGAACUACAUAGUGAAAUAGAAAAGAGUCCCUCCUGCAAUGAAAUAAUGGAAAAGGAAUGCAACAACCUGAUAGGUUCAGAAACUGUGAUUUCAAAUGAAAAUCAUCAAGAUAAAACACUGGAAGUACUUGAAAUAUUCAUGGACCAGAAUCAUGGAGAAGAUAUGCCAAAGAUAUCAGAAGCUAUCGACCAACUUAAGGGGAUUCAUCAAGAAGUCUCACAGAACAUUAAGCUUUUCAAUGAUGAACAAAAUAGAAGUUUUUCUGCCAAAUUGACAGAAGAAGGAGGCACAGGAAUCUCCAAUCUUGUUAGAAACGAUCAAGAAACAACUCUCCGGUUAGUGUCACAAGAACCAUUGACAGAACCUGAAAAGCACUUCAAGGAGUCAGUUAUUAAAAGUCAACAAUUCCUAAACACAGCCGAGGCACUUUUCAAGCUCAAUAUACCGAUCAGCAUUCUCCAUGCCAGCGAUCAAAAUAACCAAGGGGAAGACGUCAAACUUAUGCUAGACUGCGGUUAUGAGAUAAUGAAAAGGAAAGCGAGAAGACAGGAGCUAGCAUUACAUCCUUAUGCAACAAUGUCCAUCGGAUAUAUAAAGACAAGGUCUUUGGAUGAUCUUAUCAAGCAACUCUGCAAAGAUUUUGACACAUUAAAGUUCUAUGGUGGCGAUGGGAAUAUGAGCGAUGAAUGUGAUGCAGCAGACUACCUACAUAACAUGAUCGGAAAAGAUAUGCAUAACAGAAAUCCAGAUGUGAACUCCAUGUGGGACUUUGGUUGGAGUGAACAAAUAAUGUUUGCUUUUUUUGAAAAAGAUGAUGUUAUAAAGGAUGUGGAGAAGCAUUUGCUCAAUGGACUCAUCGACGAGAUUACAAUGGAUUUAUUACGAAUAGCCAUUUCAGUUUGAUCGUUUGAUAGAGUAAGAAAGUCAUUUUGAGAAAGAUCGUUGGUCUUAUAAUUAUUGUGCAGUCUAAGUAGAGUUGAAAGUUAUGAAGCAAGUCUUGUAAGUAGUAAAUCAAAAGGCAAAGUUUAUAAGUAACACAUUUUUGGA